AAAGAAAUCAAGUGUUUAUUAAGCUGUUUAUGACAGUUUAGAACUUUCAUAUCUAAGAAGCUGUCCAGCAUGGAGGUGGAAACAGAUGUGUUAGCUGCAGUUUCAUCUACUGUAGAUAUACAGUCAAAUGAAUUAACAGAGUUUUCAUCUUCUGAAGAUUUGAAACCAGAUAUAUCGACCAUAUUUUCAUCUUCUGCUGGCAUCAAAACAGAAUUAUUGACAUUUAUUAAUUUCCAGGAUAUAAAACCUAACAUGUCAUUUAAAACUUAUCAAGAUGUUAAACCUGAUAAUACAUUUUCAAUUGAAAAAAAUAAUAAGAAACCAGCUGCAUCAGCAGUAUUUUCAACAUCUGAAAAUUUAAAACCAGAAUUAUCACCUAAUGAAAAUUUAAAACAAGAUUUCACAACAGAAUUUUUAUUUUUUGAGGAUAAACAAGAAAAUGUACUUAAAGAAAAUCUACAGUUGUCUAGGGACAACGGAAAUAAAAUUGUUUAUCAUCAAACAUUUUCACAAAGUUCUGAAAGUAAUAUGCAUAAAAAUGUUCAUUCUGAAGAUAAGCCAUAUGAGUGUGAGAUUUGUCUUAAACAGUUUUCUCAAAUUUCUCAAUUUAGAAGACAUAAAAAGAUUCAUUCAGGAGAAAAACCACAUGAAUGUGAUGUUUGUCAUAAAAGGUUCUCUAGAAUUUCUGAUUUAAAAAUUCAUAAAAAUUUUCAUUCUGGAGAUAAACCAUAUGAAUGUGAUGUUUGUCAUAAAAGGUUUUCUCAAAGUUCUAACUUAAAUCAACAUAAUAGGAUUCAUUCAGGAAUAAGGCCAUAUGAAUGUGAUGUUUGUAUGAAAAGAUUUUUAUAUAGUUCGAAUUUAAGAAAACAUAUAACUGUUCAUUUAGGUGAAAGGUCACAUGAAUGUGAUGCUUGUCAUAAAAGGUUUUAUACCAAUUCUGAUUUAAGAACACAUAAAAAGAUUCAUUCUGGAGAUAAACCACAUGAGUGUGAUGUUUGUCAUAAAAGGUUUUCUCAAAGUUCUCAUUUAAGAAGACAUAAAAAUAUUCAUUCUGGAGAUCAACCACAUGAGUGUGAUGUUUGUCAUAAAAGGUUUUCUCAAAGUUCUCAUUUAAGAACACAUAAAAAUAUUCAUUCAGGAGAUAAACCACAUGAAUGUGAUGUUUGUCAUAAAAGGUUUUCUCAAAGUUCUCAUUUAAGAGAACAUAAAAAAGUUCAUUCAGGAGAUAAACCACAUGAAUGUGAUGUUUGUCAUAAAAAGUUUUCUCGAAGUGGUCAUUUAAGAGGACAUAAAAUGGUUCAUUCUGGUGAAAGGCCACAUGAAUGUGAUGUUUGUCAGAAAAGGUUUUCUCAAAUUUCUAUUUUAAGAACACAUAAAAAGAUUCAUUCUGGAGAUAAACCACAUGAAUGUGAUGUUUGUCAGAAAAGGUUUUCAGAUAGUUCUUACUUAAGUAAACAUAAAAGGGUUCAUUCAGGAGAAAGGCAUCAUGAAUGUGAUGUUUGUCAUAAAAGGUUUUCUUUAAGUUCUAAUUUAAGAGCACAUAAAAAGAUUCAUUCAGAUGAAAGGCCACCUGAAUCACGAUGAAUGUGAUGUUUGUCCUAUAAGGUUUGCCUUGAAAUGUGAUUUAUUAAGAGAUGAUUUUGUUCUUUUGGGAAAAAGCCAUAUGAAUUUGCUGUUUGUUCUAAAUGAUUUACUUAAAAUAGUUAUUUAACUACACAUAAAAAGCUUUUUUUUUGGCUAUAAAUGGUUUCUUCAACGUUCUCAAUUAAGUGCACAUAAAAAAGUUCAUUCAGGAGACAAGCCACAUAAAUGUGGUAUUUGUCAUUAAAGAUUUUUUAGAAGUAUUAGUCUAAAUGGUGUUUUUCUCAAGGGAUUAUCUAAAAUAUCUAAUUUAAAUACUCUAAAAAUUCAUUCUAUAAGUAAGACAGAGGAAUGUGAUGUUGGUAAGGAAAUGUUUUUUUUUUUUGUCAAAGAAAUUCAUCAUAACUUAAAAGAAAUUUAAUGUCAUUUUUUAACGUAAACAAUAUCUAUAGCAAAUUUUACUAUUAAAUUUCUUAUAAUUUUUUUCUCAUAAAUUUUUUCACAUAAAUUUAACUAGUGGUUAACCAAAAGUGGGUCAUAGUUAAUACAUUUUUGUAUUAUGAAAAGGUUCUUUAGUCAAAGAGUAUACCUUGACAAUUAUUAUACAUACUGUAAAAAAGAAAUUUAUUCUAUUAUUUCACGUGCAUGUGUACAUUUUUUUCUUUAUGUAUCCUACUUCUUUUUGUGUUAAUGGUAAAUAUGUAUGAUUGAAGAAGUAAGCUAUCACUUUAGAGACCCAGGGUUUUAUUUUUAUACCGGCAUGGUUUUGUUCAGGCCACGCAGUCAAUUUGCCUGUUUCAGAUUAUAUAAAAUUGACAAUGCACAUUCAUUGGUACAAGGGAGUUUACCAAUUCUGAUAAAACACAUUAACAAUAACAGAAAUUAACUAAAAUAAAAUAUGCUGUUCAAUUUCAAUGUAUUAUUUACAUUUACUAGAUGCUUACAAUAUAAGUACUGAAACACAAUUCUCAUUCAUAACUUUACACAUUUACACUACCCACAAACAGCUCAGUAAGACAUACAGCAACAUGACAGAAUAUCAGGUUGACAGGUAAAACAACCUCCAUUAGACAAGUACAAUGACAUCAGGCCAGCAGUCACAGUGGCAUCUGGCCAAUAGAUACAGUGACAUCAAAACUUCUGAGCAGACAAAAUAUUUUUUGUAAAAACUUUUUCAUCUUUUGCUAAAUGUCCUUAAUCAUUAUAUUUAGAGGUAUAGAAUCACAAAUCAUAUGAUCAAACUCUACUGGAUGCAAUGUAUAACUCAAACAGACCAUAUGUAAAAACUUCCUCUCCCUCCCCACUAUUUACAUGUCUUAUGGAACUAACCCCAAGCUUCAUGUUGCUCCAAACAUUGCUAAGGCUUAUGGUUGCUUCCUUAUUUUUGCUAGAUGUUUUUUUUUAAAUUUAUUUAAAUGCAAUUGUAACAUGUUAUAUAUAGAUUUUUAUCUUUCUUCACACCUUCUCAAUAUGAACUUUAUGCCAAAUCUCAGACUCCUCUCUGCAUGUGAUUGAAAAGAGUAUAAAAUAAUUUUCUUCACAUAUUCAUUUAGGCUAUGCAAUUUGUAGAUUAACCACACAUUUCAAUGUCAUAAAUUAACAUUUAAUUUUUUACAACAACAGCAUACAAAUUAUAAAUUUGAAGAAAAGAAAGACUAAAGCU